GGUACAUAUCUGCCGGCAGCCGCGUAGCGGGCGCUCGCACUUCGCCCAGCCGCCGUCCCGCACAGCCAGCCGCCUCCUCCGGGAAGGGGUCCCAGUCCUCGCCGCGCCAGCCCCGAGUCCAUUUUCCGCGCGGAGCCGCCCCCGAGCCCCGACCGCCGCCGCCGCCAUGGACGCCAUCAAGAAGAAGAUGCAGAUGCUCAAGCUGGACAAGGAGAACGCCUUGGACCGCGCCGAGCAGGCCGAGGCCGACAAGAAGGCCGCCGAGGACCGGGGCAAGCAGCUAGAGGACGAGCUGGUGUCCCUGCAGAAGAAGUUGAAGGGCACAGAAGAUGAACUGGACAAAUACUCUGAAUCGCUGAAAGAUGCUCAGGAAAAACUGGAACUGGCAGAGAAGAAGGCCACUGAUGCUGAGAGCGAUGUGGCCUCCUUGAACAGGCGCAUCCAGCUGGUAGAGGAGGAGUUGGAUCGUGCCCAGGAGCGUCUGGCAACCGCCCUGCAGAAGCUGGAGGAGGCUGAGAAGGCUGCAGAUGAGAGCGAAAGAGGUAUGAAAGUCAUUGAGAGCAGAGCCCUGAAGGAUGAAGAGAAGAUGGAAAUUCAGGAGAUCCAACUUAAAGAGGCAAAACACAUUGCUGAGGACGCCGACCGCAAGUAUGAAGAGGUGGCUCGUAAGCUGGUGAUCAUUGAGAGCGACCUGGAGCGUGCGGAGGAGCGUGCGGAACUUUCAGAAAGCCAAGUCCGACAGCUGGAGGAACAGCUACGGGUAAUGGAUCAAACGUUGAAAGCGUUAACGGCUGCUGAGGAGAAGUACUCCCAGAAGGAGGACAAGUAUGAAGAGGAGAUCAAAGUCCUGACUGACAAGCUGAAGGAGGCUGAGACCCGGGCUGAGUUUGCAGAGCGGUCCGUAACCAAGCUUGAGAAGAGCAUUGAUGACUUAGAAGAUGAGUUGUACUCUCAGAAACUCAAGUACAAAGCCAUCAGCGAGGAGCUGGACCACGCUCUCAACGAUAUGACUUCAAUGUAAAUGGCCUGCUCCCAUCUUUUGCCUGCAUCCGUCCUCCCUUUGGGUAGCAGCUGCUCACUCUUUAGUGCAGGGGAGGGCUCUUGGCAGCCUGGUGCUGUGGUUUCUUACAGUGUAUGCUUUAAAACGGCCAUUGGGAUGUAUUAAGUUUCUAGUCCUCAUCGUUUGGGAGAUUUUUUUUCAUUAAAAAUGAGGGAACCACAUAUUGACAAGGGUUAUACUCAGAAGGCAAGAAGUUUCAUUUGAAUGAAAUUUCUCUUCUGAUAAUGUUUAGGUCUAAUUUGGCUUUAGAAGGGACAGGGCACUGUUGAUUGGCCGUGGAUCAGCUUGUGCCAUGUUAAUACACACUGUUGCCACUGAGCUGAGGUGUCCCACAGCUUCCUGCUGAGCAUCUUACUCACUUCUGCCAAAGGGGGAUGGGGGGAGAGUGAACCUAGGGACUUUAUUCCUGCAGCAAAGAGUGAGAAUGCACCACGCUUGGGUUCUGAUGGAUUUUUGUAACAUUUCUGCAUGGCCCGCUUUUCCCUAAAUGCAUACCUCACAUGCUUCCCUCCCCAUUCCGCGCUUCCCAUUGAUCCCAGUUUGGCUCUGCGUUCCCGUCCUGUUCCAGCAUUCCUGAGGUUCCGUUCCUAAGACUAGCAAGCUUUCACGCUUGCAGCCCUAACCGUGCUAACUGGGAGCUGAGCUAAGUCAGAAUGAGGCCUGGCAGAAGGCAGGCGGGGUCUUUCAGCACCUCUGAGUUGCAUGCCGGAGCCCUGCGAGAUAGCCAGUCAGCUGCUUGGUGACUAUGGACAGCGUUUAAUUUAUAUCAUCACUGUUAUCGUCGUUACCCGAAGAGAUAAUCAGUAAAGCAGUUAAAACACAUGGAAAUGUAAUUUGAAACCUCCUAUGUGAAUAAGCCAGGCUGAAAAAUGGCACAUUAGAUGCAUGUCUGAAUAGAUCCGUGUUCAGAACCUGCCUCAGUUUGGGAAAAGAGGCAUUCUGGCAUUCCGGGUCCGCCACCGAAAAGGCCCUCCCUGUCCUUUGCAUAUACCCGCUAACCCCUUAAUAGUAAUUGGUGGGGCAGGUGGGAAAGUCCAGCAGCAACUUUCAGAUUUUUCAAAUUCCUGGAAGUUACCAGAUGGCUCUAAGUUACCACAUUGAAUGCAUCAUUUUGUUCCCACCCCUUCUGUUCUCAGCCAAAGUUACUCCUAGAAAUGCUUAUUGGUAAAGCACAAAUAGAACCGUGAGGAUUUGUACAGACAAGAAAUAGGCAAUUCAUUAACACCAGGCAUCGCUGAUUCACCCAAGUGUGUUGGACCACUCCAAGCCAGUUUAGGAUGAUGGGAAUGGUGGUCCAUUCCAUUUGUUGGGCACCUGGUUAGGGAUGGCUCUUAAGCAAGGCCCGGAAGUUUGUUGUGGUUUGUGGUGAUUGCAAACUGCUGGCAGCUCUCAGCUGUGCCGGGUGUGAUCCUACUCUGAUAAGCUCCACAGCAGCAGGGGUGUUAGUGCAUUUAGAAAGCAGCCAAGGAAGAUGGGAACACGCAGGGCUCUUUCCGAGCACACAGCUGAAGGUACAGAACUUCGUGGCUUUAGAGUCCACGCGUUAACUGAUUGUCCGUUGCUUGCCAGCAUCACCUUUGGUGAGCGCCUCUAACUUGUCAUGCAGACGCAACAGUAAUUUGCAUUCUCUCCCUCUCCUCCGGUUUGACAAAAAAUAUUUCUGCAUGUGCCAGCAUGCAAUAUUUUUUGCUGGGCCCUUCGAUUAUAUUUUCAAUUUGCCUUGCUUUGUUUGAACUCAUCUGUUGCAUUUUCCUAACUUUCCUAAAAGUUUUCCGUCACACACUUAACCACCCUUAAGGAUAUUUUGGGGAUAUCUUUGCGGAUUAAAUGGCGUAGCUCAGUUUACAGUGGUAGGACCCGGUGGGAAUAAAAUGGCAUUUUAAAAGGUAGACAUUCUCUGGCACUUGGAAGCCCCCGUAAGGGGCUCAAACAAUUACAGCCUUCCCCAGUGUGUGCCCUUUAGCUGUUUUGGUCUACCGCUCCCAGCAUCCCUGCACAGUGUCCAUCUGGUUGGGGCUGCUGGGAGGUAGUCGAAAGCCCCUGGUGGGCUCCAGGCUGGGGAAGGCCUGCAGUGGAACAUUUCUUCCCAGUCUUCCUCCUGAUGAAAUUUGGAAGGGGAAGAGGUGAAAUUUACAUAUAUUUACCCUGAAAUCCCAGCAGAUGUGUCAAUGAGUGUAUUAUUUCACCCAGAGCUUUUUGACUUGCAUGCCGAGGGAAGCUGAAAUGGGGCAAUUUCUUUAAAGAAAAAAACAAAAAACCCUAUUUUGUUUGGAAAGUGCUCUCUUAAGUAUGCAGGCAUUUUUUUUAAAUCUGCAAAAAAUGUGUGCAGAAGAAGUUGGGGCCGAGGGCCUCUUUCUCUCCCUGCCCAGCCAGCUGCCUCCAGAUGAAGCUCUUUCCUGCUUCUCGGUUGUUUCUAAAGAGUGCACGACAAAACACCUGCAGAGGGGCUACAAGGGAAAAAGUGGUGAAGAAUUCCCCCCCCCCCAAAAGGAUGCCUGAUUAAUGUUUUCUGUGUGCUUUGGUGCCCCAGGGUGGCUGCCUCCAACUUGGGAGGCCUGCCCACGUGGAAACUUUCUCCUGGACACGGGAGAGGCGUCCUUCGGUGCUGGGUAGACCAUACUCCAAAAAUCCUUAGGGGUUAUCUAAAAACUGGUUAAGAAUGAGGUGCAGCUUGCGUUUGGAUACUGAGAGGCAGAGCAGAUGUGGAGGCAACUCAGCCUUUAGGAUUUGGGGGGUUGUGGGAUUUGGGGGGUUGUGGGUUGGGCGAGGAAAUACUCUGGUAUUUCCUCGCCCAAACUUGUCUGAAUGCUGCAAGGACUUCUGCAAUUGCGGGCUCAGAACUGGAAUGGCACAUGGAGGACCUUUGCCAGUGUGUACCAUUUUGCCCAGUGGUGCAAGAUUUUGCUUGUCCCGAGGGCAGCGCUUGGAGGGGUGUAGCCAGCACGGCAGAUGGGCCCAGCCGCCUCAAGGGAGACAAAACCCUUCUCCAAGCCAGCUCCAUUUUCUAUUCUGUGGCACCUUCUCUCUUUCCCUUCCCCAGCCUCCUCCAGUCCAUCUUGUGCUCUGUUUUUAUUUCCUGUCUCUCUAUUUUC